AUGAGUGAUACCUCCACUCUCCAACAAGUCACUACCAACCAAUCCAUCACCGAACGACCUCUCUCUCAGUCUACCACUGCCUCCUCAACCACAUCUGCUCUCAAGCAGUCCGAAAGCAAGACCAACAAACUCGCCUACCUAAGCACGCGCACCUCCAACUCUCCCAACAUGACUCGCCCAACUACCCCCCGCUCCUACCCCGUGAGCAUCGACACAUCUGUCCCCCGUGACUCGUUCUCAUCCACAGAGGACAGCCCGCGUCGUACAAGGGGCCCUAUGCAGACCACACCAACCCGUACAAGCUCCAACAAAUCGCGAGCCAGCUCCGAUAGCCGUCGUCGCUACGACAACACUGUCUACCACUAUGGCCGCCACUCAAACUACUGGCUCUUUGGCGGGUUCAGCGUCCGAGACACUGUCCGUGAUGGCGUCGACUGGAUCCGUCAGCAGAAGAAGGGUUGA